AUGACAGCGUCGGACGACGAGUCGUCUGCCGACCAUCGCCCUCAGGCAGCGCGUUCCAAGACGCAAGGAGAGGGCAUGCUCAUGCCGCCUGCUGAUGCUGCGAACAACGCUACCAGAAGUGGUCAGGUUCGAGGCGCUUCGCGUCGCAACACUACCGGAUCGGGAGUCAAGCGGCCUCAAUCAUCCAGCAGCAUCGGCACGCAACGAAGCCGACGGUCAUCACGUGAGAGGGAAGUGUCCGCUGCAUCUACCAGUGGCGCGCACGGCGCGCACGAAGGGGCAGCAAACGCUACAUCCAGCGCUGGUGGCUCGAAUGCUUACUCCGCUGGCGGCGCGCCUUUGCGAACUGGAGAUGCAGGGCUGGACGAAGAGAUGGCAAAGCAGGCUGAAGCGAUUCGAAAAGACCGAGAGAAACGAGCUCGAGCUGCCAGAGAGGCUGCGGAGCAACGAGUCGGCGAUGAGGAAGGCACACCGGAAGGCGGUGGCCCUCUGAUGCGACGAAAAAGCAACGCUAGGCGCGACACGCUUGGACACUCUAGCGUUGGAGGAGCGGACGAACCUCGAGCACUGGUGGGAAAUAUCAUCGGAGAAGGACAUGCAAAUUACGUCCUCAUGUACAAUAUGCUCACGGGCAUUCGAAUCGGGGUGUCGAGGUGCCAAGCUAAACCCGCUCGACCCCUUACCGAAGCGGACUUUUCAGCCAGGCACAAGUUCACGUUCGACAUUAUCGGCAACGAGCUGACACCGUCUGCCAAGUACGACUUCAAGUUCAAAGAUUACGCUCCCUGGGUUUUCAGGGAUCUGCGAGAGUACUUCCACCUGGACCCAGCCGACUACCUCUUGUCGCUCACCGCCAAGUACAUUCUCUCCGAGCUAGGUUCGCCAGGCAAGAGCGGCUCCUUUUUUUACUUUUCGAGAGAUUACAGAUUCAUCAUCAAGACGAUCCGGCAUGGAGAACACAAGUUUUUGCUGAGGAUACUGCAGGAAUACCACGCGCACAUCAAGAGCAAUCCGCACACGCUACUCUCGAGGUUCUACGGCUUGCAUCGAGUCAAGCUGCCACGAGGUCGCAAGAUCCACUUUGUCAUCAUGAACAAUCUCUUUCCCCCGCAUCGCGAUGUGCACGAGACGUACGAUCUCAAGGGAAGCGCCAUCGGGCGAGAGUAUCCGGAAGCAAAAGCGGCAGAGAAAAAGGGCGCGGUGCUAAAGGACCUGAAUUGGAUUCAUCGGGGCAGAGAGCUGGAGCUUGGUCCUAUCAAGAAAAAGAUGCUCGAAGAGCAACUGGAAAGCGACGUCAAGCUGCUGCAAAAGCUGCGCAUCAUGGACUACUCCUUGCUGAUUGGUCUGCACGAUAUGAAGAGGGGCAACAGGGAAAACCUGAGGCAGGAUGCGCUUCAAGUGUUCCAGCCCGACACUGCGGGUGCUGGCAAUAAGGAAGGCGCGCCGGCCAAUGCUCCGAACGCUACCGCCAAGGAAGCUCAGGCGCAGAUUGGCAAGAUUCAAACGAAGGGCUUUGGGCCGGAUAUGAUAGUAUCCAGCCCCAUCAGCGCCACCGGUCCCAUGCCUCCCGAGGUGGCGUCAUCGUCUGCGAGCGACGGGCGGUCGAGCUCGACGUACGAGUCUUCGCCAAACUUGAUAGCGCUGGCUCAUGCGCCCCAGACGCAAAACCAAACUUCGUUUGGCGCUGCUGCCAUCGCAGCCGAGUCCGUGCCCUCUUUGAGUCUGCCUUCUACCUCGACGGUGCAGGGGCAGCCGCAAGCCGCGGCUCCUCCUCCGCAGGUGCUCGUCUCGCAGCCCAGCCCCUCUGACUCACCCAGCCCUACACGCUCGAACUCUGUUCCCAUCUCAUCCACCUCGCCUUUGCCGGUGCAUCCACUGAACAGGGCCGUAACGAAACGCACGAGCGCGACGAGCGCGGCUCAUGCCAAGGAAGAAGCGCAUGCGCUUAGGGCCGCAGUGAGGCGAUCGGAUCCGAAGGCUUUGACCAGUGGAUCGGAUGGCGCGGUGCCGCUGCUUGAAGAGAGGGAGGCGGUCAAUCAGAUGCACCUGCAGCAAUUCCACUUUUACCAAGACGAAGGAGGCUUUAGGUCGACGGACCAAAACAAUCAUCCUACCGAUUUCAUAUACUACUUUGGGAUCGUGAGUGCGAGGACUGGCGUGUUUUGCACCACCAUUGCUCACAAGACCUUGAUCGUCCUUUGCGCAGAUCGAUACGCUGACGCUGUACAAUAGCGUCAAGCGGGGAGAACAUUAUUGGAAGAGCUUGCUGAACAACAAGCACAUGAUCUCCAGCGUUCCGCCUGUAGAGUAUGGCGAGAGAUUCAAAAACUUUUUGCUCUCCGUCAUCAAGGGUGGAGAUAAGAGCAAAAGACCCAGAAUGGAGUAG